AUGAAAGUUGCCAGCCUCUUUGGAAUGUUUACGGUGCUUGCCGCUGCUCAAUCCCAGUCCACUAACACAUGUCGUGGCGAGUACUCUUUGGAGCGGUUGGACAAGUGCGGUAACAAGCCUUGCACCUUUGAGAUGGUAGUAGGCAACACCACCGAAGGCAGGCCCUCUGGGGGGUAUCGUGCUUGUGUCAAGCCUAAAAACGUCGAUUGCAGCAAGUUCAAUAAGAAUAAUGAGCAGUGCCUCUCCAAUCAAUGCUCUCUUGUUAUAUACACGCAUGAUCCUACACAGAGGGAGCCAACACCCAUGAAUGCGUCGCGGAUUUCCCCAAAGGCGUAUAUAAGACGAUGGAAAUUGAUACCUCUAAGUACCCUUGGCAGUUUUGAGGCACCUACCCAAAUGAAAAGUUGGCUUUGUAAAGCUAUGAAAGUCUAUCAUCUGUCAUUUGAAUGCUACGGACAGCUCAUUAAGCCAAGCAGACGACAUUGUGCUGGGGCGCUGCCUUCCUCCUACAUCUCUCUUUCAACUCCCAUAUUUCGUCACGAUUACGUCCAAUUUGUCCAAGCUGGAGAAAACAACGAGUACGGAUCACGGUACGUUGCUAGAUCGGUUGAGGAUUGCCUUGGCAUUGAUGCGAUGGUCUCGUUUCCUUGGCUUGUAGCUUAUCAAAGCGACCCGAGAUUCCGCAAGUAUGUGCAGCUCAUUGAGAAGAAUCUGAAUUCAUUUGACGCUGUCAACGAAUGGGCGGAUAUCAUCUCGUUCCUUGGUCGUCUGUUGAAGUCAUUCCAAGCUUAUCCACAGUUCCCUGUGAUACCAAGAAAGCAUACCGUUGCCAAGCGACUUGCGCAGUGCCUCAAUCCUGGAUUUCCUGCAGGUGUUCAUCAAAAGACGCUCGAUGUUUAUGCAUACAUUUUGGAGACAAUAGGGGUUGAUCAGCUGGCUGAUGAUUUGGCAAUUUGGUCUCUUGGCUUAUUUCCAUUUGUACAAUAUGCAGCAAUGCAAGUGAAGCCUCAAUUGUUGGCAAUCUUUGAAAAGUACUACUUCCCUCUAAAGAAGCGAUUACGGCCGUCCAUGCGUGGAUUUAUCAUUGCGUUACUACCCGCUUUGGAUGAGGAAGGGAGUGAAUUCUUUGAUAAGGUCGUAGUCUUGAUGGAUCAUCUCUCCGAAACUAUUGAUCUGCCAUUUUUCUAUGGAUGCAUGUGGCGGGUCAUGGUGAGCAAUCCGGGAUUAAGGCCACCUGCUUUGAACUACUUGUUAAGGCGAUUUCCCAAGAUCACAGGAGCUGAAGAUGUGGCUGUGGUGCUGGGAGGAUCUGAAAACAUCAGCUUGAUGGUGCGUGCCUUUGCAGCUACGCUUGGUGAUAGCCAAUUACUUGUACAACGUGGAAUGUUGGAAUUGCUCGUUCAAAACUUUACCCUUAAGCAUCGUGUCAUCCCUCAUGAAGACCUUGUCAUCUUGAUGAAAUCAGCACUUUCGAUUGUUCUUCGCAAAGACAUGUCCCUCAAUCGUCGGUUGUAUGCAUGGCUUCUCGGUGAUCAAGGAAACUCACAAGCCAACAUCAUUUAUUUCGGCACAUUUGGUGAAAAGGCAGCCACUCAAGCCAUUCGUGCAUUGUUGUUUUCUUCGACCGACCCUAGUGCACAUCGCCUAUUGGAUCAGGAUGCGCUUGUGGUUGAAGCUCAAAGGCCUUACAAAGUCCUCAUUUCUUUGUUGGACAAAUGGGAGAUUGGACAACCUGUGGUACAAAACAUCUUUGUGGAUGCCCUGAUCAGUUUGCAGAAGAACGUACGGCAAAAUGCUCGAAGUAGUGAGAUCAUGCAAACGGCCAACAUGUGGAUGGAGAUGGUGGAACCCUACUUGAUAUGGACCAAGCUCUUUGAACUAUUUGACAACAGCUUCCCCGGCAAAGAUGGUCAAUCCAAAGGCAAACGAGGGAAUGAUCUCGAGAACCUGCAGCUGUUGGAAUUCACGCUAAAGUCAUUCAAGUUCACCGAUGACGAGAUUAAGCAUAUGCAUUUACCUUUGGUGGUUGCAGGAAUGGCACAAAAGUUACAGGAUUCAAUCCGAUGUCCGACAUUCAUUGACAUGUUGCCAUUGGUCAAUCAAUGCCUACAAUUGAUCCAUGUCAUUCUCCAACUCAUUCCUGAAAAUAUACUUUGGGAUCGUCGACCAUCGAGAUUACCACCUGCUGCCGAAUCAACCGUAUCGGACAACAAGAAACGGGAAUUCCAGCCUGGAUCGGAUGUGAUUGAAUAUGUACGCGACUUUUAUUGCAUACGAGGACAUCGACGAGGAGCAAGUAGCAGUGGGACAAUAGCUGCUCAAAAUGGAAGUCGAAUGGAUGGUGAUUUGGAGAUAACUGAAGAUGCGGGUGAUUUGGCGAGUACUGGGCCGGCUACUUCUGGUGGGAUGCCAUCCACACAGCAAAUCAUCAGCAGCCGUCCUCAAUUCGAGCCGAUUCGUGGAUCACAACUUGUUCAAGAAUUGACCAAACACAUGACACAGUUCAUCGUUGAUCUAGUCGACAGCUACAUUGUGCCACCGAAUAAUCAAGAUACAGGCGUCGAUGUGGGAGUGGAUGGCAAACGUUUGAGGAAUAUCGAUGCUCAGCUCGAGAAGAUCUUGCAUGGUGUUUGCUCAACGCUUACCUUUGUCGCCAAACACACCGAUGAGCGUUUCACAUGGGAUAGCAAAGACCAAGAGCAAUUGAUGAGAGCGCUACUCAUGUGUUGUCAAGAAGGCAGAGAAUUUGGAAUCGUCGAUGCCGGUUUAUCAACCCUUACUCAGCUCACCAAGCGACCACGAUUUCUUAAAGGUCAUGAGCUCAAUGAUAAGACCAUUUCGAAGCGUAUCAUGAAUAAUCUUUGGGGUUUUCUCUCGCCAGUCGCACCUUUACUUCAUAUGCGUACGGUCGAGCUUAUUUGGCUUCUCACCGAAGUAUCACCACCACAUCAAAUUGAAACCAUCAUUGCCGGCCACCUGAUCGUCAAAGAUGAUACCGAGCGAUUCGCCAACUAUGAGAAAUUCGGCAUUAUUUGGGAGUUUUCUGAGGACCGUGUUGAAACAGCAACCAUCUUUUCACGCCCCAUGUUUUUAAUACUUGAUCUCUUGAAUGAUGUCACGUCUCCUGUCGAUCGUCGAGUGGGUGAAACUUGGAUUCGGUGUCAUCUCAGAAGCUAUGUGCGUCUAUUGGAGCCCUUUAUCGUCAUGCUACUCGACAAAGCAAUCAUCCGAAGGUCUUGCAGCAAACACGUGCCAUACGAUCACCAAACAUUGUUGGAUAAUCAGAGCGGAGAUGUCUUGAUCCCAUACUAUCUUUACAUGCGACCAUUUGAUAUGGCCACGGUGGAUUACCUUUUUAUGCAUCUCGUAUCCCUCGUCUCUUUUGGUGCAAUUGGUUUCCUGAAAGCAUGCAAGAACCAUACUGUUGGAUCAAGUGGACCCAUGCUAUCAUUGAUUGAAGCAGGUCUUGGCAUAUCAUCACAAGAAAAUGAUGAUGGGACCCAACAAGCUUCCAACCUUUCAUUCUUGGAACUAUUGGUUUUGAUAUCACUGAGAUAUUUGGAGACGGAGCCAAACGACAAGUAUACCCAUUCAAUGCUGAAACCAGUACGCAGUAUACAACUUCAUGCUGCCGAGUUCCUUUAUCAGAUCAUUUCAAAGCUUGAUACGAUCGAUAUGAAAUUGACGAGAUUGAUCCAAGAAUCGGUUCUCCACAAGUUGCUUUUCUGCAUAUCAACAUGUGAUCUCGAAUUACAACAAAAGUUGCUACACCUUCUUCAUGCAACUAUGGCCAUUACAGCAUCAGCGGCAUUAGGACAAAAGACAAGCUUUAUUGAGCGACCUAGUCAACGCAAAUCAUCCAUCGAUAGCAGCACAGGGGAUUCUAUGGCACAAUAUGCAGCCGAUACAGUUCCACGAGCAUCGAUUCCCGUAGGGUCUUUACAGGCUUCAGAGGCAACCGAUCUUGCAACAUCCUCAUCGGCCUUGUUCGUAAAGUGUGUCAUUGAUGCAUUUACGCUUUCGACAAAUCGACCUAUUCUACAACAUUGGAUGGAUUUUGUACUCGCAUCUCUACCUCACAUGCGUGGCGGUUUUCGUCAAAUGGUGAUACCCAUUCUUAUUGCUAUAUGCGAGCAAAUUGUAUUAUGCAACACUACGGUGCGUAUACUGAUGCAUGGUGAGCCAUCAUCCCAUUUACGAGCAGCUGAAGAUUAUGUGCCUCACCAAGAUGGGUCCAAGAGUCCCUAUCUCCAAGAACAAGGCGCGCUUGUGGGUGGCCCUGAACAAGACAUUCUCGUGUUUUUGAAUGGAUUGGAAAAGACGCUCAUGUUUUGUAUGACCGAGCGACAUCUAAACGAUGAUUGGUAUCCCGACAAAGCGAAUGAGCCGCUAUUGCCAGUACCUCGACUUGCCGAUAAUUCGACAUUGAAGAUCCUUGCACAGCUUGUUCAUAGUGAUACUUCACCCAUCAAAUCUCGUGACACAGCAUUAUAUCACUUGCCCAUCAUUCUUCACAUUCUUCUUGACGUAUGGCGUGUGUUUCGACAACCUGAGUGGGAUGAAGAGACCGCAGAUACAUUGGGCCAUGCAAAAAAGGAUGCUGUAUUGCAAAGCUUUGCCUAUGCUGCGGAUCACGUCAAGGCACGGCUUGAACACAUCUUUGAACAUCUCUACAAGUAUUGCAGCAUUGAUUUUACCGAAGGCUUCACGGAGAUCUUUUUCAUGGAGAAUCCCAUUGCUCUUGAAUAUGAGGCCACACCCCAUCAAUAUGAACUGAUUGCGAUUCAAGUGCUUGCUGCAACACCCACCAGCUCUCCUCAACACAUCCUUUCAACCCUUCUUGAAGGUAUCCGGCAACGUACUCCAGGCAUGCACGUGCAUCGUCGACGACAUAUACAACGCAUGGGCAAACUUACCGACACAUCCAUCUUGCGAUUUGCUGAAAUCUAUUGCAGUAAUCUGAUGAAGACGGAUACGCUGGCUCAUCUAUGGCCGAUCGUUCAUUCAUUUGCCAAGGACUAUUUAUCACAAGCACAAACAUACAAAACCAUCCUCCCUGGAUUGAUGCGCUUUCUUACUGUGGCGGUCGAUGGGGUGAUGCGUUCUUCCACCACAGAUGAUCGAAAGGCUAAACGUGAUGCACAAGAUUUAUAUCAACGAUGCGUGGACUACUGUAUCCUUAUCGCUGGAAGGUCAUUUGAUCAAGGCUUAUGGUUACGUCGAUCCAAUGUAUACGAUGAGGAGGAUGGUGCAAUGACGCCUACCGAUACGAUUUCAUUAUCAGACACAAUGAGUGAUAUCACACGGACCUUAUCAGCCAGCAAUGUAUCCGAAUUGGAGAAGAAAGCUAGCUGGAAGUCCCGGGAAGAUGUGAUGAUUGCACAAACCAAUACUUAUCUUGCUACGGUGGUGAUACCCAAUUUACGGCAUCUCAUUGGUGAUCAGGAUCGUAUCAACUCUUUACUCAAUAACCUCGUUUAUUACGUUGUCGGCCCAGCUUUAAGGACACGCACCACGUUCAACAAGAUUGCCGUUAUCCUUGACCAGAUAUGCGAAAUGACACACAUGCCGUUCACUUAUAAGACGUGGAGGAAGGAAGUAUGGGACGUUUUCCUUGACAACCGGUUAUUCUAUAUGAGUGCAACCACAGCCAAGAAAUGGAGGACAAUCAUCCAGACGGUGUUUACACUUGAGAAGGAACGAUUCACCGAAUUGGUUGGACGUAUCACGACAUCUCCAUCCACCGCUUUCUUUACCAACAAGGACCAAGAAACGCUUAACCGAGGAUUGAAUUUAAGGCGAUUGGCAUAUGUUAUAUUCUGUGGCAACCAGGAUCAAUACGUACCCCAGCUACCAGUCAUCCAAGAGAAACUUGUCGAGUUGCUCAAGCUGGAUCACAGUGAAAUGGUUCAUGUGGAAAUCUAUCUCUUCUUAAGGAUUAUGUUGGUGCGCUUUUCACAAAAGCAUUUGCUCAAUUUCUGGCCCGUGUUGAUUACAGAAUUGAUGCGGAUGUUUAAUGCCUUCUUGGGAAAUGGUGUACAUGAUCGACCUGAAGAAGCACAAAUCGCAUUAGCUGGCUGCAAGUUUUUGGAUUUACUAUGUGCCCUUGAAAUGGAUGCCUUUCAAGUAUAUCAAUGGAUUUUUAUCCGUGAUACGAUCGAACCCAUGAUGGUGCGCACGAAGGACCAAGGACCCAUGCCCAUAUUAGACCUGUUUGCUGAAAAGCUUGCCAACCAAGAAGACACUAGCAUGGACGCCAUUGAAUUUUCGGGGUCAUCUGUUCCCUCCACCGGCCAACUCAAGAGACCCAUGUUGACCAUGCGUAGCAUUAGUAGUGUUCAACAACUUGCAUUCUUUGUGGAUCACGUGGGAUUAUACGCCUAUCAAUCAUCAUUUACCCUCGCCAAACCCGACAUGCCAUUCAUAGAAAGCUUACUCCAAACCGACCUUCUGGAAGGUGAUAUUGAAAGCGAUUGA